ACAGAUGAGGGGGCGGAGCUUGGGCCAGCAGCUGGCAGGUGACUGCGCGAGGCAGAGAGAGAGAAGGGCGAGCACGUGGGCACCUUGCCUCUCUCUUGUCUCCAUCUCUCCGUGCCGUGCUCCAUGCCGCAUGGCGGUUGCGCGCGCGUGCGUGCGUGCGCGUGUGUGCCUGUGACGGUGUGCGCGGGUGCGUGUGCGCAAAGAACACCGGGUGGCGAGGGGACCUCUGGUGUCCGCGGUGCUUUUGUGGUUCAAGGCAAAAGGCAAGUGAUGACUGUUCACCAAUCGGACUGUGGAUUAGGUGUGUGACUUUCGACGGCACGAUCGUCUUGAAGGAAUAACGGACAUUUUCCCCACCCCACACCCUCACCUCCAUUUCUGUACUCCCCACCCCACCUCCCAGCACAACCACCAUCAGUCCUCCUUGCCUACCCUUGACCGCCGUCAACAAAAAAAAAGAAAAGGAAAUUUGAUAACGUCAGAGUUGUCGACCUUUACCUCCCACCCGACUACCCACCCAUCCACCCUACCCACGUGCCACGCGCGACAAGCGAGGAGAACUCGUGGUGCGGAAAUUGUCAGACGCUACGAGCAAGUUGUGUGGGGAAGAAAGAAGAAAAAAAAAAUAAAGAAGCGAAGAGAAACUUGGGAAACAGGAAUCAAAUUUCAAACAGACAUCUCAGUUGAUGCAGACUGAAGAUAUUUAUUCGAACGAACUCACCUGCUUGGUGUCUGGUGGCGGAGCGUUGAGUGGAGGAAGAAGAUCAGAACUGAUUGUGUGCUGUGCUUGAGGGUCCUGUGACCGCCACCAACCAGCCUAGCAACCGGCGUUGCGUGGUGGUGGUCGCCGUCGCCGCCGCCACCGCCGCCGCCAUCGCCAGCCCCUUCCGUUGAUGCCGCAUCCGCCAGCACGAGGACCCACUGGCUGCACUCCGCCGAUCGGCCUGCUGACAGGUAGGCGGCACGCGGCAAAACGCUUGGCGGCCCCGUUUUCCGCACACCUUGCACACCUGUAGACAAAAGCGGUGUGAACGGUGAGCAGUAAGGUGGUGGGGGGAGGAGUGUGCCUACGUGUUCCUUGUGGCUUUUGCUCGCCUGUGUAGACGGGCAACGACGAGGAGGAUGAAAGGGACGAGGUCGACGAAGGCGCUAUCGGCGUCGAUCGGCAGGUGAAGUCGUCUUUAAAGCGGGUGUCCACCUCGCCCCUUGUUUCACACGACAGACGCUGCAGGCCGACAGGAGUCUGUAAUUGCAAGCUGUCUGUUAUCGAGAAAGAGCAAAGGAACAGUAUCCCCAAGCAUGGUGAUCACCUCACUUUCUGUUGAUAGGACCGGAUGUUGAGGACGUGCAAACACGCGGCCCAUGGAGUCACGUGAGGUUGUCAUACUCCUGUUAGUCUGUCGUCCGGAUAUUUUUCAGCUACAUAGGGGACACACAGAGCCAAGAGAACAUUGUACUGAAUGACUGAAAGUUCAGACUGAUCAUUUUCGGGACAAGAAGGAAACCCAGUUUUAUUCGUUCUGGAGAGCUACAAAAUAUAAGUGAUUACAAACACUGAAUUUUGUUUCUUUGAAGGGGAACUCGACGAAAGAAGCCAAAAUGAAAAGCUUGAUCAGAAUUGUAUUCGUUGUUUUGUGUCUGACUACUUUGCGGGUGCAGUGUCAAGAUCCGCUGGUCAUCUACACUCACACGGAGGAGCAGCCCAGGGGGACGUUCGUUGGAAACAUUCGUUACGAUAUGCUGCUAAGACAAGAGAUCUCGCCUGACGAGAACACCAACCUCAGGUUUCGCCUGACCAACAGCAGCGGGAGUCAAGCCUACUUGUUCACCAUCAACGAAACCAGCAGCACCAUCUCCACGACCAGAGAAUCGACCGCGAGGCCGUGUGUCCCCAACAGCGGGACUGUCUCGUCACCUUGGAGAUCGCCGUCUACAGGCAAGGCGCUGCCACGCUGGACCUGUUCAAACUGUGGAAGGCCGUUGUCAACAUCACUGACAUGAACGAUAACGCUCCGAAGUUUCCGGCAGCGCAGGUGAGCUUGAGCGUGUCCGAGUCGGCCUCUCCGGCUCGUGUGCACCGGGGUGCGGUGGAUCCCGACACAGGGGGAAACAACUCCGUGCAAGCGUACCGUCUGACGCCGUUGUCUCCGCCCACGGAAGGGCUGUUCAGGCUGAGCGUUGUCGGUAACCUCGAUGGAUCCUCCGACCUGGAGAUCGUCAUCAACCAGGAGGUGGACCGCGAGACCCGCGACUUCUACCAGCUGUUGAUCACGGCCGUGGAUGGGGGGUACCCGCAGAAGUCCGGUUCCCUGACUGUGAACAUCACGGUGGCGGACGUCAACGACAACAAGCCGAGAUUUUUGCAACAGUCCUACAACGCCAGCGUGGAGGAGAACGUAGGUCUGCAGACGCCCAUCCUGCAGGUCAUGGCCGUCGACGACGACAUUGGGGACAACGCACGCAUUAAGUAUGUGUUGAGCCCGGGCCACGGACAUAGUGCGGAACAGCCUGACCAUCGACUCGCAACGGGGGUCAUAUCUGUUCUGGGAUCCAUCGAUUAUGAAGCCAACAAGCAGUUUCAGUUCCUGGUGGAGGCUCGCAACGAGGCUCCUUCGUACUGGUCGACGGAGGCCUUCGUCGUCAUCAACGUCCUGGACACUAACGACAACGCACCUCAGAUUAGCAUCAACCUCAGCCCCGACGGCACCAACCUGUUGGAGAGCGAGCCCGUGGGCAAGUUCGUGGCGCACGUGUCGGUGUCGGAUCUGGACGACGGAGACAACGGCCGUGUUUCGUGCAGCGUCGAUGACCCGAGCUUCUCUCUGGAGAACCUGUGGGACAUGUACAAAGUCAUCCUCAGCAUGCCGCUUGACUACGAGGCGGCGCCCAGUCACCGCGUGACCAUCACGUGCCGGGACCACGGCCAGCCCGCACUCUCCAGUAGUGCCAGCUUCAUCGUGCAGGUCCUCGACGUCAAUGACCUCGCACCCAUCUUCUCCAAGAAUAUCUACACCAGCAGCAUCACCGAGAACAGCUACGAAGUACAGAAAUUGCUACAGGUCUCAGCACGUGACCCAGACACAGACCUUGGGGGAGAGGUGGAGUAUUUCCUGGAGGACAAUGCACGCAUUAACCUGCUAUUCUUUAUCGACCCUUCCUCGGGCAUCCUCCAAGCCAGGGCGCCGGUGGAUCGUGAGGAGACCGGGCAGUUCACCUUCAGCGUGCUAGCGCGCGACAAGGGCACCCCUCAACUGACCUCCACCGCCACCAUCAUCAUCACGGUGGAGGACGAGAACGACGAGCGGCCUCGCUUUGUCCGCCCACUCUUCAACUGCUAUGUCCUGGAGAAGCAGCCCGUGGGCACGCGCGUGGGCAACGUAACGGCGAGCGACGACGACACGUCUCAGAACGCGCGCAUGAAGUACUCGAUCGUGGCGGGCAUUGGAGAUGGCGAGCUCUUCACCAUCGAGCCUAACACGGGUGUACUGAGGUCGCGCGCCACCUUUGACCGCGAGAUCAAGCACCUGUACACCUUCCAGGUGAAGGUGGAGGACCCACGGAGCCGGCCUUCUACGAUCUGGCUAACGUCAGCGUGCAGGUUCUUGACGACAACGACAACCGCCCGGUUAUCGAGUACCCUCGAGAAGGUAAUAACACCGUCAUCGUCGCCUACAACACCCCCGGGCAGCGUCCUUGCCGUCGUGAGGGCCACAGACACCGACGACGGCCCAUUCGGCCAGCUCAUCUUCCUCAUCGCCGCCGGCGACACCAGCAGUCUCUUUGACCUCAACCGUCUGACCGGCGUGCUUCGGCUGGGCAGGAUGAUCCUGUCGUCGGACGUCAAGGAGCACGUGCUGCAGAUCAAAGUUCAAGACGGCGGCAACCCUCCCAUCUACGAAACGGAAACCCUGCACGUCGUCGUCACUUCCGGCAACGCAACGUUAUUGGCCUCCAGCCGGCGGGACACCGACCAGAACAUCCUCAUCGUCAUCAUCCUUAUCUGCGUCACAGCCAUCAUGGCCAUCGCCAUCGUCACCACGAUCUGCCUCAUCCGCCGCAUCGACCGCGAGCGCCGCCAGAAGCGCGCCCUGGCCAAGGUGGAGGAGGAGAAGAUGUUCCACUUGAAGAACCAGGACACCUUCGCCAACAUCUCGCCGGAGACCAGCACCGGCAGCGAGUCCUCGUCCUUCGGCUCAGGCGGAAACAAGAACAAAAAGAAAGAAGUCAGCUUCUCCAUCGACGACGGAGUGGAGUCUCUCAACAUGAGCUCUGGCUCCGCGCAUACGAUGUCCACUUUCAAAAGUCCGGGAGGGAAGCACGUGGAACAGCAAGAGAAAAACUGUCUGUCAGUGUUAACACCGAGUCUGCGGGGGGAACCAGGUAUGCUGAAUAUUCCAGUGAACCACCGUAUGUCGGCAGACGACAACCACCUACAAACAGUGCACGAGGAAGAGGCUUGUCAGCUGAUGGAGAUGCUGAGGAGAAACGGGGAGGAUGCGAUGAGCGCCAGCUCAGGUGAGACUGGAACCUCAGACAGUGGCAGAGGAGGCAGUGAAGACGACUCCCACAGUAACAGAGGCUCGGGUCUCGAAGCAGAUGCUGUAGCGAUGUACCCCAUGCCGCCUGUUUACGCAGCACGAGGCACAACUCCUCCAGUGAACGCUGGGCUCGGCGACCUUCGACCAAUCAGAACUCGCCAUUCUGGUCGCGGCGGCCUCAGUUCCGGUUCCGGGCGAGUCCCGCGACAGCAUUUGCCUCACGUGUCCUUCAAUGGCAACCUGGAAUACUUGGGGGAGAGCUCCACCGACAGAGAUGACGAGUUUCCCCCCUCCUCCCCCGCCAGCGGAGGAGUCCUCGCCAUCCUUCGUCGAUCGGAAUUUUCCCUUUGGGUCGUCGCGACAGCCUGCCUACCGGAGCGUGCUGCACUCGUACCCGGGUAAUUCCGGGUAUUCAGGGGUGACAACGAGCAUCGUUAGAAACUCUGGUGUGUCCACACCACCCUCUGUCCCCGAUGGGGGGAGGCAGAGGUGGGGAUCGUCUAGUUUUAACGACGAUGAUGAUGGAACUACCACAUCAGGAAGUUACACCAUUAACCCUGACGAUCUUAGGAAAGAAAUCGACGAACUCAUUAUGAACGAUAUGAUAGUUUGAAAGGGAACUGAGGUCAGAAACAAUCAUUUCCCAUCCACACCCUCCAGAAAGGUUUUGCAAAGAACAUGUGAUAAAUCCGAAGCAGAUUUUGCUCGAUCAUUUGAUUAAUUAUUUAUGUACAUAAUGAACCUGAAGGCGCACAUCAGAGGACCCUGUUAUGCAUUCAAAUCAAGAAUCGAUCUCACAAGACUGAAACGGGUGAAUAAAUCGAUCAUCCAAUGUUUCAUCCAUUCUGAAAACUAUUUGGAUAAUCUUUUAGUAAAGAUGUUCGGGACUUGGAAGGAGUGGAGGCCCAUUCAGGUUCGAGGAACUCUCCCACACUCCAGUCUCGCUCCUUCUUCCUCAGCAGCGACCAAAUUUCUUUGCAUUUCUUCAUGUCCCAGACUUGUGCAGGACCAAGCGACACGAUAAUGAGAUCGCUCCCUAGUCACAAGGGGAGCUUUCGAAAACAAUUUUCUCGCCUGAUUGAAGGAAAUAAUGUUCUUGAGAAUCGCUCCGGAAGUGAAGCAAAUACACUCUGCGAACUGAAUAUCCCUCCCAUCCGGAGUCACAAAGCUGCGCUCUCCAGUCUCGGGAAAACGGAUUCUGUGCAGGGGGCGGUCAUCGUUGCGUGCCAGCGUAAGCCAAAAAUGGAGAACCGGCGAUCAGCGCCAUUGUGUCGAACUUCUGCUGGGCGAUUUCAGGGGUGAGCACUCGUUUAAACUUAAAUCACGCAAAACCACUUCAGAAGACACGCGCAUGCGCAGUGGUAGCGCUGUGAUCUCAACGCAAGGAUGUCCUUCUGUCUCCUCGUCCUCGUGUGCGCUGCCUGCACUACCUCUUUCACUUUCCGCUCGUAUGGAAAAUUUCGGGUUUAAAAUUUUUUUUUUUUAAAAGACAGAAUGGAUGGUCUGAUGUUGGACGCCAACUCCCUGUGCAGAUGAUUUCACUGUAAUGGAAAUUGGAAUGUGGACACAGCAAGGCAGGAUAACAACAGGUGCAAAAAAACAACCCCAAACCAAAAACAAAAAACAAAAUUAUCCCAUCUUGUCGAUGUCUUUUUGAUGAGGCUGAGCAAACUUUCGUAAGGGUCUAUUUUUCGUCUCUUGCGGCAACGAAAAAAAAAAAGAGUAUCAAACAAAUAAACAGAAUUGUACGACGCAGGACAAUCAUUUCUAUCCGCGACCGGAAAUUAGAAGUUUGCCAUUACGUAUUGCAAGCACGCACGCCCACGUGCUCACUCCAGGUGUUUUGCAUGCACGGACACUUGACAACGCUCAAACGCUUCACCCGUCCACCCUUCCCUUCCUCCCCUGCACCUCUAUCGCCUGUCGUACCCCGAGGGUACCCGUGAAGAAGCCACGUGGACACCAUGGCAACGGGGUUUUCUGUUCUGGCUGCUGGCGCUUGAAAAUUGUAAAGUUCCAGCUCUUCAUCAACGUGUGCAUCUCUAUCUUUUGUUGGCCUUUUUAAACCGAACUUAUUUUGAAUAUUUAAAUACGUUUGGCAAAAAGUAAUGUGCUAAACAUUACCACUUGUCGAUAUGGUUAAAAAGACUCGUGAGGUGGGGUGGGAGGGUAUAUGAAGUUAUUGUGCCAAAUUGUUACAAUGUUGGAACACCACAGUUCCAGCGCAAUUUUCCAGCUUUUAGGUCGGAUGUGCGGACCAGUUUCAGGUUGGCUGCACAAAAACAGACGAACAGUCAAACACAUCACAAAUCUUUAAGUGUUUACACUUUUUUCCCCCGGAAAGAAUGUCUUUGGUUACAGCAGUAGACGUUUCGCUGAUGUAUAUGCAUCGUAAUCAUCGGGCAAGUUCGUGUUUUGUUGUUGUUGGCUUCCUGUACUAAAAGCCGCGUUUUGUUUUUACGACGCCGACACAGAUGAUAAAACGUAUUUUUCAUAUUUUUUUUUUUUUUUUUUGUGUUGCCAAGAAUAAUUUGUACACAGAAUGUGUUGAAAAUCAAAUACGCAUUCCUGGGCAUUUUUUUUUCCAGAUCAGAGAAAGUAUCUGGCUUUAAAAAUUAGCUGCAUUUACGCACGGGCGAUGUAUAUGUAGUGUCGCAAACAAGUGUUUUGAAUUACACUGGAGAGAGAGAGAGAGAGGAGAAAGAGAGGGAGAGAGAGAAAGGUUAGUAAUGAUUUCCUAUGGUCAUUAAUACAUCUGAAGAUAGACUCAAGAAUGAGUGUAGGAGACGAGUUGAAUGUGGUUUUUCGUGGUGGAUGCUGUUGUGUAGCUGAUUGUAUCCCAUUGUCCAUUGCAAGACCUUAUCACUGCCUUUCAGCAGUCGUCCUACGUACGUCACAUGCUUUCCGUGCACCCAGGACGUCGUCACAAGUGUCGUCACAACGAUCGGUGUAAAUACGUCACGAACGACGAUGGAAGCCAGGUGUGGCCAUGGAGGGUUGCUGUUGUUCCCUUGUACAGAACUGACCUUCCCAUUUCCUCCUUCUUAAAACUGACCCUCGCAUUUCAUCCUUCCCAGCUCCUUCUGUUCUCCAUCUCGCGAUAAAGAGUGACGUGUUACAUUGUUACGUCGUUCGCCCUCAACUGUCUCUCGAUACCAAAACUCUGUCUUGUGGAAUCGACAGACAGCAGUUGUCUAUGGAUUACUAUAAUUAGACGAUGAAAAGAUGUUUAUAGAUAAAUGAAACUUAAUCGCCCCAAAGUGGAAUUGAUCAUAUUGAACUUUGUCAGUUUACAGAAGAAAGGUUUUUAUAAUCGAUAUAAGUUUUUUCAUUAAAAAAAUAGUUUUGUUUGAAUAAGUUUCUGAUAACAUCCAGUGAUAUUUAACAUUUAACAUCUCUAAGGUAUGGAGAGUUGCUCUGAUUUUUUAGGUAAUAUUUUCGGGUACCUUUAUAAUUAUUUAAGUUACACUGUUCCAUGCUUUCAGUCUUGAAGGUGCGAGAGACUGAAGGGAGGUUGUUAAGCAGGCGGACAGUGCUGACAGCAAUGCCUGGAGUUACAUACACACCUUUCUUGUAUUAUAUGUGUACAUGGCAUCGAAUGGAAAUAUAAUGAUGUUGAAAAUAA